AUGAAAGACAACACGCAUAGCACAACCCUAAUCUUCUUUGGGAAUGAGUUUCCCAACGAUGAUCUCAAAGGGCUGUUCCGCUGCCUGCUGCGGCUCAGCAAGGACCGCAGGUUUCGCCAGCUGGCGGCCUUCCUGGAGGAGUCGACUUUAAUCCUCAAGAAAGAGGUUGCUGCGCUGCCCCAGCCACUGAGGGAUCUUGUGCCGCACUUUCAUACGGUGUUGCCUCUCGCCGAGCUUGGUGAUUUCCGUCAGGGCCCUCUAGGGGCUGCUAUGGAGAGUGCGCUUCUGACCAUACUGGAACUUGGCAUGUUCAUAGGGCAUUAUGAGGCCGAAGGCCGCGACUGGGACUUAUUUGAACACAACACCACCCUCGCUGGUCUGAGUAUCGGUCUGUUAGCUGGUGCCGGCGUGGCCCUGUCCACCAAYCUAGCAGAGGUCGCACAGAACGGAGCAGAAUGUGUCCGCGUAUCUUUUCGAUUAGGGGUAUACGUCAGCGAGAUCUCUCGGAAGCUCGAGGCACCCCAGGCGGACGGCGCGUUAUUGAGCUGGGCUCACGUUGUCACCGGAGAGACAAAGCCCGCCAUCCAAGACGAAUUGUCAAAAUACAACUCGGAAUCGGGCACACCAGAGCUUCUCAAGGCCUUCAUUAGCGCCGCCGAUAAGACCUCCGUCAGUGUGAGUGGGCCACCUUCACGCAUGAAAGCCUGCUUCAGCAGCUCGCAUCUCUUGCGGUAUUCCAAAUCUUUCGCCCUGCCGGUAUAUGACGGGCUAUGCCAUGCGUCGCAUCUGUACAAUGAGAACUCAAUCAACACAGUUAUCAACAGUGCGGAGUCCGUCAUCCCUGUCUCUCGCCCGGUGCGACUUUCUCUUCACUCUUCCAACACUGGUCAGCCUUUCCCAGCCGCUACUGCCCUCGAGCUAUUCCAGGCUAUCGGUACAGAGUUGCUGACCGGUACCAUCUACCUCGACAACAUCACCGACGGUAUCAUGAAGCGGAUUGGUGACUUCAACCCGACUAGCCUUCAUGUUGAAACGUUUCGCACAUCGAUAGUAUUCAAGAGCAUACGAGCGGCUCUCGAGGCCGAGUUCUCAGAUCUGGAGAUCAAGAUAACAGAUUUGGUCCCUUGGGCCCUGAAGGACUAUGGUACCCACCAGCCUCGUUCAUUUGCGCAGUCGAAGCUGGCUGUUGUUGGCAUGGCCUGUCGUAUGCCGGGUGGUGGCAAUGACACGGAGCUUUUCUGGGAGAUUCUCGAGCAGGGACGCGAUGUCCACACAACCGUGCCGGCAGACCGUUUCGACUUGUCCACCCAUUACGAUCCUAGUGGCAAGACCGAUAAUGCUGCAACGACUCCAUACGGUAACUUUGUUGAUAAGCCGGGUUUGUUCGACGCCGGGUUCUUCAACAUGUCACCGAAAGAAGCGGAACAAACUGAUCCUAUGCAACGACUGGCGCUCGUCACUGCGUAUGAAGCGCUGGAAAUGGCUGGUCUCGUCCCUGGUCGAACUGCAUCGUCGAACCCUAAACGCAUCGGCGCUUACUAUGGGCAGGCGAGUGACGACUGGCGAGAACUGAACGCGUCCCAGAAUAUUGGCACUUAUGCAGUAACGGGUGGUGUCCGUGCCUUUGGCAACGGGCGUAUCAACUACUAUUUCAAGUUCCCUGGGCCCUCAUUCAACGUCGAUACUGCCUGCUCCAGCGGUUUAGCUGCUGUUCAGGUUGCUUGUUCGGCACUCUGGGCAGGGGAGGCUGAUACUGCGCUUGCGGGUGGUCUGAACAUCAUCACCGACCCCGACAAUUAUGCAGGUCUGGGAUGCGGCCAUUUCCUCUCCAAGACGGGGCAGUGCAAAGUUUGGGAUGAAACUGCAGACGGCUACUGUCGUGCUGAUGGCAUCGGUUCAGUCGUCAUCAAACGGUUAGAGGAUGCCGAGGCAGAUAAUGAUAACAUCAUUGCUGUUGUACUUGCCGCGGCCACGAACCACUCAGCUGAGGCCAUCUCCAUUACCCAUCCUCAUGCUGGAAAUCAGAAAGAUAACUACCGCCAGGUAGUCGAUUUGGCUGCGGUCAACCCGUUGGACGUGAGUUUCGUUGAACUCCACGGCACGGGAACCCAAGCUGGAGACGCCGUGGAGUCCGAGUCUGUGCUUGACGUAUUCGCGCCCCGAUCCCCGCCUCGACGACCAGAUCAAUUGUUGCAAUUAGGCGCAGUCAAAAGUAACAUCGGACAUGGUGAAGCUGCAGCAGGCAUUGCGUCGUUCCUUAAAGUGCUGUUGAUGUACCAGAAGAACACGAUCCCUGCGCAUAUUGGCAUCCAUACGAUCAUCAACCCCACCAUUCCCAAGGACCUUGAACAGCGUCGUGUCCGCUUGACCCAGGAGAACACGCCCUGGCCACGUCAAGAGGGCAAGAAACGGAUUGCAAUGGUCAACUCAUUUGGGGCGCAUGGCGGAAACACAACCGUGCUGCUGGAAGAUGGCCCCGAGCGAAAGAAGGACAUCGCGAAAGACGAUCGCUCGACUCAUACCGUCUUGAUAUCUGCCAAAUCCAAGAAGUCUCUACAAGCCAACAUUGCGAACCUAGCCCUGCAUUUAGAGAAGCAUCCUGAUAUCGACUUGGCCGAUUUGUCUUACACAACCUGCGCGCGUCGCAUCCAUUACACCUUGCGCGUUGGAUUUGCAGUGUCGAGCAUCGCCGGGCUGCGGGAUUCGCUGCGCAAAGCUGGAGAGAAAGAGUCCCUCGCUGAGGUUCGCCCUACUCCAGGGGAUGUUCCCCCGGUCGUUUUCGCCUUCACCGGCCAGGGCGCCUUCUACCAGGGCAUUGCCCAGGAGCUGUUCGAGACAUUCCCUUACUUCCGUGAGGAAGUCCUACAGCUUGACCAUGUUGCCCAACGACUUGGUUUCCAUUCAAUCGUGCCCGUGAUCGAUGGAAGCGUCGGAGAGAAUCCAUCAGCAACCAUGUCCCAGCUGAGCAUCGUCGUGAUCGAGAUUGCCCUUGCCCGCCUCUGGAUCCUACUGCUUGGUAUGCAACCUAGCGCUGUCAUCGGUCAUAGCCUAGGCGAGUAUGCUGCACUGGUCAUUGCGGGUGUGUUGUCGACCGCGGACGGCAUUUUCCUCGCCGGACGACGUGCCCAGCUGAUUGAAAAGUGCUGUACUCCUGGCAGCCAUGCGAUGUUGUCGGUUCGCGCGUCAGUAUCUGAAGUCAGCAAGCUUCUAGGAGAUGCCAAAUACGAGAUGUCGUGCCAGAAUACUCUCAACGACACUGUAAUCGGCGGUACAAAGGCCGAUUUGGAUGCUGCCCGGCAAACCCUCGAAUCCAGCAACAUCAAGUGCGUGCCGGUAGACGUGCCUUUCGCAUUCCACACUGAACAAGUCGAUCCAGUACUAGACCACCUAGCUCGAAUUGCAGAGACAGUGCACUUCAAGGCCCCAAGUAUUCCCAUCAUAUCGCCUUUGUUGAGAAGUGUGGUAUUUGACGGCAAGACGAUAAACUCCACUUACUUGACACGGGCUACACGCGAGCCCGUUCAUUUCGCUGGAGCCUUGGAAGCCGCACAGGAUCUGGGCAUGGUGAAUGAAAAGACAGUUUGGGUUGAUGUCGGGCCGCAUCCAAUCUGCGCUGGUUUCGUGCGCAGUUUGAUCCCCAAGGCGCGCGUCGCCUCGUCAUGCCGGCGGAACGAAGAUAACUACGCCACAAUGGCGAAGAAUCUUGUCGCGUUGCACCUGGCUGGUUGCACUCCUGUCUGGGACGAGUACUUCCGUGCCAACGAAAAGGCAUACUCAUUGCUUACCUUGCCCAAGUAUGCCUGGAACGAUGUCAACUACUGGAUCCAGUAUAUCGGCACCUGGACGUUGGACAAAGCCCACCUAAAGUAUACUGGAACAAAUGGACCGCCAAAGACUAAACCGUCGUCUUCGGCAUUGCGGACAUCUUUGAUCCACGAAAUAACCGAAGAGACUAUUGGCGAGGAAUCAGCCACGAUCAGUAUCGUCUCUGACGUACAACACCCCGAUUUUCUCGAGGCAGUUCAUGGACACCGAAUGAAUAAUUGCGGUGUAGCAACCUCGUCAAUCUGGACUGACAUGAUGUUGACUGUUGCUGAAUACCUGUAUAACAAACUUGCACCCGGGGCAAAGGUACAUAUGAACGUGGGCGAGCUUGAGGUCUUGCAUGCGACGGUGGCCAAUCCUGCCAAAAACUGCACGCAGAACCUGUACCUUGACGCCCACCUAGACCUUCCAACGCAGCGGAUGUCAUUCGCUUGGUUCAAUGUCGAUCCUGCAACUGGCAACAAGGCCGCCGAGUCUUACGCCACUGCCUCUGUACGGUUUGAGAGCGACGUGGAAAAAUGGAAGACUGAGUGGGAACGGAUGACGCAUUUGGUACUUGGCCGAAUUGAGGCACUAGAGCGCAUGGCCAAAGAAGGACAGGCAAGCCAGCUAUCCAAAGCGUUAUCAUAUGCGCUCUUCAAGAACGUGGUCGAUUAUGCGGAUCAUUACCGCGGUAUGGAACGCGUGAUAAUGCACGACUAUGAAGCGUUCUGCGACAUAACGCUUGUUCCAGAACGUCGAGGCGUCUGGCACACGCCGCCACACUGGAUCGAUAGUGUCUCCCACCUCGCAGGUCUUGUCAUGAACGGAAGCGCUGCCUCAAACACUCGCGAUUACUUCUUCGUCACUCCCGGUUAUGACAGCUUCCGUCUGCUGGAAAAGCUAGACCCGGAUGUCAAGUACCAAAGUUAUGUGCGCAUGUUCCCGCUGCCAGAGGCUAACAUGUACGGUGGUGAUCUGUAUAUCCUCAAGGAUAAUCAAAUCGUCGGCAUGGUUGGACAUUUCCAAUUCCGCCAGGUGCCGCGUCUGCUCAUGGAUCGAUUCUUCUCGCCGGCAGCAGCCGCGAAACAAUCAGUGACGGCUUCUACCCCUAAAGCUGCACCCAAACCUGCACCGGUCCCUGUGGUCAAAUCGGCACCAGCAGCGCCGGCCCAAGCUGAAACAACAACUGCAUCACUUCCCAACGGCCAAGCGGAGAGCACCAGCCCUCCUCAGCCACAAAAGCCUUCGGAGCCCGCGAUGAACGGUGUCAAGACGCCAGAAGCAGAAAACCCUAGCAAAGCCGACGCUGAAGGUCCCAAUGGGACUACCUCCCAGCCGGAAGUCACCGGCGUAGUAGGUCAAUGCUUGCAGUUGAUCGCCAGCGAAACGGGUCAGGACGUGAGUGACCUGACGCCGGAUGCAACUUUCGUGCAGCUAGGAGUCGACUCGCUCAUGUCACUGGUGCUCUCAGAGAAGUUCAGAGCUGAGCUUGGUCUGGAGGUCAAGAGCUCCCUCUUCCUGGAGUGUCCGACUAUUGGAGAAAUGAUGGAAUGGUUAGAGCAGUACUGUUAG